AUGGAGGUCCCACCUCGCUUCACUCCUCCAACCAGUGAAGACACGACUCGGCUGCUACCACCGCCAACCGAGCCAGAGAUGCGCGCCAGAUCCACUAUCUCCUCUGGCGCCACCGACGGGUUCUCCCUUUCCAAGCAAGUCUAGCGAACUUGCUAUGGAAAAAGAAACCGUCGAAGACAUUCAUUCACGAGCCACCACGACCGAAAUCACGCUGGAAAUUGCAUGCACACUAGAAAACGGAGGCCACAUCCCAUCAGGCGCACGAGGAAGGCCGUCCGAGCGCUAAAGCCCAGGACGUUCGCGCCCAUUCUGCCAAUCAUCCGACCUGCGCCCGUUCGGAAUUCGCAGAAUCACUGAUGGAAACAAGAGAUGUGGUAGAGCGCGCGCAAAGGCCUUGUGCGUCGCUCGCAAAAGAUGAAAUAAACAUACGUCGUCCCUCCGCAGAGUCUUUAAUUAGACCUGAGACGCUCCAGAAGUCUUCCUCGGUCGUCGUCAGCAAACGGAAGGAAUAG